AUGACCGACCGCCCAAGCGGUGCGGUGUCGUCCAACAAAGCUCAGUCUCACACAACUUUCGUAUGGGAUGGUUUCUUUGCGGCCAACUACGUCAGCGCUCGGCAAGCGAUUGAACGCAAGUGCACAAUGAUCUACACCGCGGAAGUACGCGAGGUUGACGACGUCAAUCGGCCUCAAAUGAUGAGCGGAAUAAGCGACAAGAUGUUCGUCCCCUCAUAUAAGGUUGCUCAGUGUCGAAUCGUCCGUCCGGACCACAUCGAAUCGUAUUCGUGCGCAUAUAAUGACAUGCUCCUUCCAUCCGCUCGUGAACUUGAGGCCGUUGCUCUCACGGGUCGACAGGAAAGAUGA